AUGAGUUUGACAGACGACGUUUCGCAUGCACGAGCAGAGUUAGAACGUUACUGUCCAGGGCAUGAGGAGUGGGACAUUGCACUUGACAACCUGGCAGAGGCCCUUUGUGAUAGGUUCCUAAAUGAGGAGGAAAUCGAUGACGUGAAUGAGGCAAUUGCCAUGUAUGACAAUACGGGGAUACUAGCGGAUCUGGAAGAAGCUGUCGCUCUCGGACGUGCGGCACUCGAGCGCUGUCCACCAGGACAUCCGUGUCGUGAAACGACUCUUUCCCAUCUCGCCCAUAACCUCUGGAAGAGGUUCCAGGAACAAGCUGCAAUAUGUGACUUGGAGGACGCGAUUGAGUUCUACCGUGCAGCACUGGAACUACUUCCGUCUGGACUUCCGGACCGGUUUCCAUUGCUCCACCAUCUUGUUCUCUGCCUCUCAACCAUAACCCUCAGACGUGCGGCACUCGAGCUCCACCCACCAGGGCAUCCAAAUCGUCAUGCAGCUCUCUUCGCUCUUGCCUGUGACUUGUGGACAAGGUUCCAGAAGCAAGCUACAAUGCACGACUUGGAGGAGGCAAUUGAGCUGCACUGCGCAGCAUUGCUACUACGUCCAUCUGGACAUCCUGAUCGGUACUUGUCGCUCCACUCGCUUGCUCUUUAUCUCUCGAAUAAAUACAACAAUCUGGGGGUAACUGCCGACUUAGAAGAAGCUAUUGCAUUCGGACGUGCAGCACUCGCACUCUGCCCAUUGGGGCAUCCAGGUCGCGGCAUAUGUCUCUACAAUCUUGCCCAUUACCUCUGGGAGAGGUUCUGGGAACGAGCUGCAAUAUGUGACUUGCAAGACGCAACUGAGUUUUACCGUGCAGCACUGGAACUACUUCCGCCUGCGCAUCCUGAUCAGUCUUCGAUGUUCCACCACCUUGCUCUUUGUCUCUCGAGUAGGUAUGACAAUCAUGGGGAGGUUGCUGACUUAGAAGAAGCUGGAGCCCUCGAACGUGCAGCGCUCAAGCUCUGCCCACCUGGGCAUCCUGGUCGUGGCGAAAUUCUCGGGAACCUUGCCUCUCUCCUCUGGAGGAGAUUCCAUAAACAAGCCGCAAUGUGUGACUUGGAGGAGGGAAUCAAGUUGCGCCGUGAAGCAUUGGAUCUAUGUCCCUCUGCAGAUCCUCAUCGGUCGUGUUUGCUCUCUUCCCUCGCCCUCUAUCUCAGGGAUAGAUAUGAUGCUCAGGAGGUAGUUGCGGACCUGGAAGAAGCCAUCACGCUCGGACAUGUGGUACUAGAACUCCGUCCACCAGGGCAUCCAUGUCGUCACAAAGCUCUUGGCACUCUUGCUGAUUACCUUAGGAGACGCUUCCAGGAGCAGGCUACGAUGCAUGAUUUAGAAGAGGCAAUUCAGUUGUCCCGUGAAGCAUUGGAACAAUGUCCUUCUGGACAUCCUGAUCGACCUUGGACCCUCAACAAGCUUGCUGCCUGUCUUACCGAAAGGUUUAACAGGCAGAAGGCAACUGCUGACUUCGAGGAGGUUGUGAUGCUUAGGCACAUGCUACUCGAUCUCCAUCCAAUGGGUCAUCUUGACCGUCGCGAGUAUCUGUAUGAUCUUGCUGUCCCUCUUUGGGCGAGUUUUCUGAGACACUUCGCAUUGCUCAGCUCGGUCGAGGCACAAUCUCUUUGUCAAACCUUCUCGAGGGCCCAUUCAACAGAUCAUUUUGUCCUUACCUCGUCACCCCACAACCUCUCACUGUACCUUCGGCACUCGGUUCUGCAACAAGCCGCAACGGUCGACUUAGCCGAUGCUAUUCGUCUUGCGACCACCGUUUUGCAGCUCCGACUCCCAAAUCGCGGCACAACCCUUAUCAGACCCGCAACCCCUUUCAUUCAUCAACGAGCUCAAUCUCUGGCCCUGGUGGAACGGUUGGAUGAAUUUGCCAUCCUUGGGCGAGUGGUAGACUAUCUACACAUCCUCGCGAAUUUCCUUCGGGACAGGUUCUGCAGCCACCAUGACAUUACUGACUUAAACGAGGCUGUUAUGGCACUUCAGCAAGUAAUCCGACUCCGUCCAGCUCGACACCCUGCCCGUGCCUCAUCUCUUCACACCCUCGCGCUAUGCCUAGUGGACAGGUUUCGUGAAAACGCUACAAGGGCUGAUUUAGACAAGGCGAUUGAACUCCAACAAGCAGCCACGGACCUACUAACGCCCGGAGACCCGGGUUAUGACCUACUCCUGGAGCGUCUUACAACCUACCUGCACAUGAAGAUCCAUUCGCCAAUGGGGAUGAUCACUUCUGGUACUCCAGGCAUUGAACGAGCUGGCAUCGAGCAACUCAUCUGGCACGUCGCAUUUGACGCCUUGAAAAACGCGCCGACUAGAUUGCUACACACGCGUACCGGCAAGUUGUGCAGCCGGGACGUCCAGGUAAUCCCACUUCGUGAACAGCCAACAAUACCACCGCCUCCUGUCGUCAGUGACAACAUGUGA